AUGGAUAUGAAAGAGAGCCCCAGUAAGGGUCCAGAUGUACUGUACGAGGAAGGAACCCGCGAGGCUCAAGUGAGAGCAGGUCAACGAGCUAGACACUUAUUAAGCAAGCUAACAAGCACAAGCACAAGCACAAGCAUUUACUUCCCUCCCAUCUCUACCCGUCAGGUUGACGACUCGGUAACACCAGAAGCGCUCGAGUUGUUUCAGUUCGUGUCGACCACCCAAAUCAGUUCAACAAUCAAGCAGAACUGCGGGAGUCCGAUCCAUUCAUCAUGA